UCCGUCCGUCCGUCCGGGAGGCCAUGGGGUCGGAGAGCAGCGCGGUGAGAAGCUGUCGGCUGGAGGAGCCGCCGCUCACCCUGCCCGCCGGCCUCAGCGUGUACCCCGCCGUGCUGGAGGGCGAGAAGCGGGCCUCCGUGUUCGUGUAUCAGCGGGGAAACGAGGACGCCGUCAACAAGGCCGCCAAGCACCUGAAAACCUUGCGCCACCCAUGCCUGUUGAGGUUCCUAUCCUGCACGGUGGAAGUUGAUGGAAUCCAUCUAGUGACUGAGCGGGUGCAGCCCCUGGAGAUGGUGCUCGAUGAUGUCUCGGCAGAUGAAAUGUGUGCGGGAAUCUUCGAUAUUCUUCAGGCACUCCUCUUCCUCCAUGAUCGAGGAAAGCUGAGCCACAAUAAUGUGUGCAUCUCCUCUGUGUUUGUGAGUGAGGAUGGCCACUGGAAGCUGGGAGGAAUGGAGACGAUGUGCCAGUUCUCUCAGGCCACACCUGAGUUCCUCUCCAGCAUUAAGUUAUUGAGAGAACAAAGUGGCAUUUCACCUGAAGAACAGUCUGCAGGUUUUCAGAUUCUGCCAGAGGAGCAUGGGCAUGCACGUGAUGCUUACUCAUUCGGAAUCAUGGUGGGGAAGCUCCUUCCAUUGCUAAAUGAUGUGGUUGCAGAACAUCUGUUGGCGGAUUUCCAAGAAACCCUGAACGUGACCCUGCUGAACCCAAAUCCUACUGAACGGCCGUCUUUGCAGAGUUUGCUGCCCCAUAUGUUUUUUAGGAAUGAUUUCUUAGAAGUGGUGAAUUUCUUGAAAAGUUUGACUUUAAAGACUGAAGAAGAAAAGAAUGAGUUUUUCAAGUUCCUGCUAGAUCGGCUUCAGACGCUGCCUGAAGAUCUCAUGGCCUCUCGUCUCGUACCACAGCUCCUAAAUCCACUGGUGUUUGCUGAACCAGUGGCCGUUAAAAGCUUCCUUCCUCACCUUCUCCAGCCAAAGAAAGAUUCAUCUGGUGAUUGCCAAUUCAGUUGCCUCCUGUCACCGGAUGUCUUUCGAGAACAUGUGAGUCCUGUUUUGUUGAAGCUGUACAGUGUGCGGGAAGAACAUGUGCGCAUGGUCCUGUUGUCUCACCUGAACACGUAUGUGGACCUCUUCACGUUGGAGGAUCUUCAGGACAUCAUCCUUCCACAGGUGUUACUGGGGCUGAGAGAUACCAACAAGGCACUGGUGUCUGCAACGCUCUGUGGCCUUGCAGUGUUGGUGCCGCUUCUUGGAGCAGAUGUAGUGGUCGGAGGUGAACGGGCAAAGAUCUUCAAACGUACAACACCCAACUUCACCAAAUCCACUGAGAUCACCCCAGAAGGUUCCCCUGUUCAUGUCGGCAGCGGUCACGAAUCACAUAGUUCUCUCUCCCCAAAUAAACACUUGCUGAAGCUGUUCCCCAAGAACUCGCUACCUGGGAAGAAGCCUUCAGAUACAAGGGAGAAAUAUGGAGCAAAAUACAUUCAAAACCAGCAACCUGUGGGGUUUGAGACACUCACAAAAACAGUGGUCCAAUGUGCGGAAGCCAUGACCUCGGUGUCCAUGAAUGGCUUUGCGGGUGGAGUCAGUGUACAGAGCUCAGCCAUGACCUCAGUCGCUGGCGAGGAAUGGCCAGACUGGUCCGAGUCCGAGCAGAACGAAAUAAACACAGGACUCCAGCCCGAGCACGAAGGAGGUCGUAUCAUUGCGCAUGUGCAAUCUGAGGAGGCAAUCGCAAAUGAUGAACCUUGGGAUGACAUUGAAGCCAAGUCGGACCCAAAGAAAAUUAAAGCGGAACAGACCAUCAGCCCUCAGAAUCCUGAUUUAUCCAUUCCCAGGAAUAAAGUUCAGUCCAAAGGCAUGAAACUGACGUGGGCACCGAAAAGCUGUUCUGAAGUAUCGUACAACAGCUUGCGGAAGGAUGCCUGGCAGCAACAAAACUCGACUGUAGGGGAUAGUGAGAGAACUUCCCCAAUCGCACAGAAACGCGCCAUUAAAAAAGUACCCCUGAGCCAGGGACUGGGUGAGGAGUUCACCAUAAGCGUGAAGAAAAAGCCAGAGAGGGACCCAGAACUCGACUUGUUUGCUGACAUGAUGCCAGACAUCAAACUUUCCUCCGUGGGUUUUUUACUCCCAACUCAGAGGACAGAACCAGUUGAUUCUGCCAAAGUAACUGAAUCUGCAAACCCUCCCCUAGCGGACGCAGGUGGCUCACAACAAUUCGUGCUCACGUCAAAGUUUGCUGCUGCAGCUGACACCACUGAGGCAGAAACCGAAGGUUGGGGAGAUGAUCUGAACUGGGAAGACAAUACCUGGUAGAAUCAAAAGAAGAAUGGGUCCCAAAAAACUGAACAAAUGCCCAUUUGAACAUCUUAUGAUCUGGGUACUUUGGAGCACAUGGACUAACCAGCCUGCUGCUGGUUGGUAGUCUGAUGCAAGGGUCAAAAUGACCCAUUUUAAAAAAAAAAGAAAAAAAAAAUCCUAGAAGUCCUGAAAUUCCUUGAUCACAGCUAUCGAGGUCAUUGCCAAGCAGCUUGGCUUUUAUGUGCAGUGAGGACAAUGAGCACAACUGGAUCAAACAAACGAAACCUAUUUGAAGGUAGUGGUUUUGCAAUACUUUACAUUUUUUUUUAAAAGCACAGAUUUUAAAGCGACCGAGAAAGAAUCUAUGCUGGUGGAUUUACCGAUUUUACAUUUACUGGAUAUUGUUUACUGUCAUAACCAAGAUUUCACUUCGUCGCUGUUACCAAGUACCAAAAAGUGCCAGACAAUGUAACUUAAAUGCCAAGUCUCAAUGUAAGAAUUCUCUUGAAUUCUUCAUAUAAAGCUUCCCCACCUGGUGUGAAACUGAGCCAUAUCAGACCCAGAAAGUCGCAGGAUCCGCACCCUGAUCUGUGCUAAGUUAGCUGGUCUCAGUGAGGGCUGCCGUCAUUGGCAUCAGAGCUACUGGGCUAAGGAGGGGGGAGAUAUCAGGAUUCGCGUUCUUGAACAGUUUCCAGCAACUCACUACCAGAGUGCUGGUGUGGUUAUCAGGCAAUGGCAAGGCCAAGUUUAGCCGUCAUACCCCAAUGGCCAAUAGCCUUUUGACACCACCAACUACGCUGAACCAUGCAGGUUAAACACUUGGAUGAGAUGUGUGGAAUCCUACUCCAGCAUCUUCAGGAAAUUGUUGAGGGGGUUGAGAGAGAUAGAAAAAUGUCUAAAUCCAUCUGGGAAGAUGGAAUCAAAACCCAUUGUCCUGAAAAGAUAGCUAACGGAAAUAUGUUUGGGCUGUCUUACUGAAUUAAUUUACAGCGUAGAAGUGCCCUCCUUAUUGCUAAUUUAUUUAAAAUUUGGAAUAGUCUUCCAAUACCUUGCCAUUAUCCUAGUUAGUGUGGGAAGAAUGUAAUAAGAGUUUAUUAACUUGGGGGAUAAUCCUGCAUUGAGAUCAUAGUUUCUAAAGGUUGGAAGUUAGUACAUUUUAGCAUCUUAACAAACCAUUAUUAAAGGCAGUCAGGUGAAUUUGCUCUUCCUGGCAAAUGAUUUGUGCCUUCUGAGGUGCAACAUGUGUGAAUCGGACCUGUCGGUACCCAAUAUUAAUGCUGCAUUUACUGCAUAAUGUUGGUGUCCAUCACAGCUUCAACAGGAACAGAUCUGUAAAAGCAGAGGCAGCAAUCGAGACCACUUUGAAGAGAUGGUCAGCACCAGUUUCCCGGCCGCAGCACAAACCCUGUUUUGCAGGAUGUGCAGCUCAGGCCAAUGAAGUGUUUUUUUGGCCUAUAUUUCACCUUCUCCAUCCCCGAGGGAAGGCAGGUUGGCCCAAAAUUGUGAAUUGCUGCUUAGUAACCAGUACAGGUGCAUAAUUCUUUCAUGUCCUAGCUGCUGUGGAAUUUGCCUUGUCCCAUAAGAAGGUAGAGGCUCAAAGGCAGUAUUAGAGUGGGGAAUGUUGCCUUCAGAACUUGGUUGAUCAUAUAGGACCAAAACCUGUCUCUCCCCUCACCCCCCCCCCGUUCCCCAAAGCAGGUUCUACAACAUUUUACAUAGCAUUGUAACCGCUCUAGUAGCACAGAACUGAGAUGGAAAGAGCAGCAUUGAACUGCAGGAAUCUUAAAGGAAAUCAAUAUACUGGUUUGAAGAUUUUUUUAAUAUAUCUAUAAAAAAUGUUUCUUUUGAGCCGUCUUGGCAGGGACUCAAAAGCCAAAUGAAGCAAAUACUUAAUUAAAUCUAGGCACUUACUACAUUUUUCAUGACUGGGUGUUUAAAGCAUUGCUAAAGAUUUUAAAGUGAUUCUAUACUUUGUUUUGUAAUUGCCAUUAUUUAAUUCCUGUGCUGAUUGAGAAGUGUAAUGAGUGAAUAAAUGGUUCUAACGUGA